AUGGGGACAGUGGCCACAGCUCUCUUGGCUUUGCUCAGCCUGACAGCAUCAAGAUGUGAUGCCCAGGACACCUGCCCAGAGGUCAGGCUCCUGGGACUGGGUGAUGCUGACCGCCUCGCUGUUCUCCAAGGAUGCCCAGGGAUCCCAGGUGCCUCUGGCCCAAAAGGAGAACCAGGGCUUCCAGGAACAAAAGGAGAAAUGGGAGCCCAGGGAUUUCCUGGGAAAGCAGGACCACCUGGCACAAAAGGACCAGCAGGAGAACCUGGCUCCCCAGGACCAAAAGGAACAAAAGGAGACCCUGGACUUCCAGACACGUGGGAAGCCAAGAAUUGCCAAGAGCUGCUGGGCAAAGGGAAGCUCCUGAGUGGCUGGUACACCAUCUACCCCCACAGCUGCAAUGCCACCACCAUCUUUUGUGACAUGGACACAGAUGGAGGAGGAUGGAUUGUUUUCCAGAGGCGCUGGGAUGGGUCAGUGAACUUUUUGCGAGACUGGGACUCAUACAAGAGAGGCUUUGGGAACCAGCUGACAGAGUUCUGGUUGGGGAAUGAAAAUAUCCACCUCCUCUCCUCACUGGGACCCUGUGAACUCCGCAUUGACAUGAGAGACUUUGAAAACAACUACUACUUUGCAAAGUAUGCUUCAUUCAGAGUUUUAGGAGAGUCUGAGAAAUACAAACUGGUUCUAGGGGACUUCCUUGGUGGGAACGCUGGAGACUCCUUAUCAUACCACAAGGACAUGCCAUUUUCAACAACAGACCAGGACAAUGACAUGAGCUCCUUUAACUGUGCUGCAGAGUACAAGGGAGCCUGGUGGUACAACGACUGCCACUUCUCCAACCUAAAUGGGAUGUACUGGCUGGGUGUGCACAGCAGUUAUGCUGAUGGAAUAAACUGGAAGACAGGCAAAGAAUACCAUUACUCCCACAAGAGAACAGAAAUGAAGUUCAGGCCAGUUUAA